CCACCGCGGGGCGGGGCCGAGUGUGGAGGCCGCUGCUGCUGCUUCGUCGCUGUCCGGCUGCGCUGCAGGGCGCGGCUGCCCCCCGCCCCCGGGGCUGCCCUUCCUCUCGGCCGGCGGCUCCCCGCGCUCAGAUUUUCUUACCGGUGCUGUAACAGUGUGAGGAAUACAGAUCCACAAAGAUGAGUGAGCUAGAGCAGUUACGGCAGGAAGCGGAGCAACUGCGGAAUCAGAUCAGAGAUGCCAGAAAAGCAUGUAGUGACACAACUCUUGCUCAGAUCACCACAAGUCUGGACUCAGUGGGGCGAAUCCAAAUGCGAACAAGGCGUACGCUGAGAGGUCACUUAGCUAAAAUCUAUGCUAUGCACUGGGGAUCUGAUUCAAGGCUACUAGUCAGCGCUUCCCAAGAUGGAAAAUUAAUUAUUUGGGAUAGUUAUACAACAAAUAAGAUGCAUGCCAUUCCCUUGAGAUCUUCCUGGGUAAUGACUUGUGCGUAUGCACCUUCUGGCAAUUACGUCGCCUGUGGUGGAUUGGACAACAUCUGCUCCAUAUACAAUUUGAAAACCAGAGAGGGCAACGUGAGAGUGAGCAGAGAGUUGCCGGGGCACACAGGAUACCUGUCUUGCUGUCGUUUUCUAGAUGACAACCAAAUUGUCACAAGCUCAGGAGAUACCACCUGUGCUCUAUGGGAUAUUGAAACUGGUCAACAGACAACCACAUUCACAGGGCACACUGGUGAUGUCAUGAGUCUAUCUCUCAGUCCAGACAUGAGGACUUUUGUUUCGGGUGCCUGUGAUGCCUCUUCCAAGCUUUGGGAUAUUCGAGAUGGGAUGUGCAGGCAGUCUUUCACGGGGCAUGUGUCCGACAUUAACGCAGUUUGUUUCUUUCCCAAUGGGCACGCAUUUGCUACUGGGUCUGAUGAUGCCACUUGUCGACUUUUUGACCUGCGUGCAGAUCAGGAGUUAAUGAUGUAUUCUCAUGACAACAUCAUCUGUGGAAUCACUUCUGUAGCCUUCUCAAAAAGUGGCCGCCUUUUGCUAGCAGGUUAUGAUGAUUUCAACUGCAACGUGUGGGAUACUUUAAAGGGGGAGAGAGCAGGUGUCCUUGCUGGUCAUGACAACCGUGUCAGCUGUUUAGGUGUUACUGAUGAUGGCAUGGCUGUAGCUACAGGGUCUUGGGACAGUUUUCUCAGAAUCUGGAAUUAACUGGGGGACAAACACGUACAUUCUCCACUGAGACCUGGAGAGAUCAAUGCUGCAGCCUAUAGCUGUGAAAUAACAUUUCUACCUUGUAUUUGCAGGUGAAGUUUUUCUAUUCACUGAUUAUUACACAAAAAGGCUUUCUGUAAACUAGAAAAAAAUCAAGUGAAGAAAUUGGGGAGGGGGAGAAAUCACUGACUUUUUAAAAGGGGCCAGCACAUAUAAUCAUGGUGACUGAGAAACUAAGAGCCAGGCUUUUUGGUUUUGGUGGUUUGGUUAGAUUGCCCUUGAAGAAUUUCUGCUUGUGCUCAAAGUCUGCCAAUUCUGUACUUUUUUUGUACAUAACAGAAUAUACACAUUAUAGCAGCCAAUCAUGUAACAUUUGUCUGUAUGUAAAGAAAUACGUUUGCAUUUUUUUAAGGAACUACAUUUAUAGCUUUGCAUUUAACCUGAGAUGUCACUUCUGAGUUUUGUAGUGGAUGAACUAGAUUGCUGUUUUAAACGUUUUUGUGAAUUUACUGUAGAUAAAGUGAAGCCAAUGGUAUGUGUGUGUUUUUAUAAUGGAAGGCAUUUGACUUACGACUUUUUUUUUUUUAAAAAAAGGCCCUGAAGACUCCUCGGUAAUACCUAGCGCCUUACUCAUUCACUCUUUGACCUGUUUGCCUAUGUAAAGCGAGCAUGGAGGUUAGUCCUCCUUGCCAGUAGUUCUUGGUCCAUCCAUCAGUAGUCAUGGCCUCCACGCACCAAUGAGUUAAAUUCCACUAGGCACAUUUAAAAGAAGGAUUUGAAAGCCCGGUGCCAGGAGUUUGAGCUUCCUUUCCGCAGCUUCUCAUGCAAGUUCUUUCAUGUAGAACUCAGUACAUAAGCCAAGUGACCUGCUUUGCUUCUAGUAAGUGGCCAAGCGCUUUUCCUUUUGACAGUGUAGUUGUAAACACCAUGACGCUGACCCAGGAGAGUCCAGCUAGCGUGCACUGCUGAGGUUGCACAGCCUGGAUUUCACCGCAUAGAUUGGAGGAACUUGAAAGCCUAUUCUCAAAACCUGCUGUUCAUUUACAAACAGGCCCAGAAGGAAUUCAGGAGGAUUUCUCUGAAAUUUCCAAAAGGGCCUUUGGGGCACACAGGCGUUCACUGCGCACUGUACAACCGCAAGGUUCGAGGGUAGCCCUGCCAUGCCACCACAGAACACGCUGGCUGCGCAUACGUGUAGUGAGGACUAAAUGAUGUAACCACGUUAUUUACAACGAACCAGUAACUUCUGUGAUCCGUGUCAAUAAUUGUGCUCAAAAUUAAAAACCCUGCUAGCUCAUUUACAGCUGCAGUGGCCCCUUCGUAGGCUUAUUAUUAGAUGCCACCGAUUUUGCGGACUGACGCAGUAAUAGCAACUUCCUUUCACAUUCUUGACCUACGCUUAGGUGCAGUUUACUUCAUAAUGUGAAACGUAUGUCCUGAGUGAGAAUAUUUGAGCUAGUAAGAAUGACCUUACUGCUUCGGGCUGUGCCCAUUCAUACCCUCAUGAAACUCCCAUGGAAACCACUUAACGCUUUGGUGCAGGCAGUGCGACCAUGCUUGUGAUGGAUGUGCUGUAGGAAAUCAGAUUAGGACGUGAAAGGACACAGGGGUCUUGGGAAAAGGGGGAUUGUUUCUAUUGGCUUCUCUUCAGUGUUUAUGUUCAAUAACGCAUAUUCAAACAGAUUAUCAAAUCGAAGGCUAGUGUUAACCUGCUGCCCCCACCUGAAAUUGUGAAGAGUCUGAACAUCCUGGGGUCGGUUUGUGAACAUAAGUGCCCAGGUUUUUGUAGUAUAAAAAUCAGAUUGUUGCUGAGACCACUGUUUGUCAAGUUUCUACCACUUGUAGUCCUAACGUCAGUACUUCCAGACUGUGCCUGUAAACUUGCCAUGUUUACGAUGGUGAAGGUGCCAAUACACGUGCCAACUGCAGUAAAUUCAGUAUCGGUUAAAAAAGCACAUCUCGUGCUGGAGAAGUAUACGCUUUACUAAAGGUAGACUGUGGUGUAGGACCAAAAUCCCGCUCUGUUGUACAUCGCAGGAGCUCCUUGGCAUUUUGUUUUCUGAGUUGUUUGCAUUAACAGAACUAUCCGUGUCUUGUCCAAGAGAGCAGCAAUUUGAGAUCAGGCAGAACACUUGCUUUAGUUUUUAAUGGCGCACUUGAUUUUUUUUAGAUUUGCAGGUCCUGUGAGUGAAUCGCUCUGAGAAUGUUAGUGAGCUUUGGCAGGAAAGUGUCCUUCAAAAAUAUUUAAACAAUAAUUAAAAAAAAAAAAAAAGUUUCCCAUAUAAAGGUGUAUCUAGAAGCGAUUUGUCUAGUCAACAUCCCAUGGCAAAGCUGUGUGCUGUGUUUGCAAUCUGAUAUAAAUUAUCUUAGUAGUUAUAAAACAUUCAGAACCCCUCAAGUGGUAGCUUUGUUCUGUUUAAACCUUCAAACAACCUGGUACCCAAGGUCCGGGCUUUAUGCCACCCUUAUUGCAAGGAAUGUCACUCCAGCUGUUUGGCAGCCCUUCUUGUGGCUUCAGCAGCUUUUGAAAUAAUAGGAGGCAGCAGUAGAAUUUACUACAAAGCCCCUUUCAAAGGGUAUUGCAAAUCUUGCCCCCUUUUUGCUGUUCAGUGUACGCAGAGAGCGUCUCAGUGCUUGUGCUGCACACCUGGUGUCACACUCAUGCUUGUUUCUGGACUGGCACGUCAGCAGGGGAGCAUCUAUCUGGAAACAAUAUUUAACUCCUGCUGGGAGCUGGCACAAAGCUUUGGCUUACCGCACCAGUGUGAUGGCUGCUCCCGAGUUCCUGGUGUAUAAUCCCCGUGGUUUUUUUAUUUGUAAAAAGCCCUUAGUGCACAUUAGGCGGAGAUGAAACAAUGGCCUAAAUUUGCUGUUACAGAAAAUUCAGGCUCUGGGUGAGCGUUUAGGGUGGCCCAUUUGCUUAGAUGGAUGCAGCUUAAGGGUUAAAUGAGCACCAGGUCUCAUCUUCUGCUGUGAAGGCAUUAAAGCCACCGUUUGCAGGUUUCACUUGAAAGCUUUCCCCCAACUCCUGCAUUUCAAAGGAAAUGUCUUGUGGGAAUUGGUAGACUGUGCUGAUAUAUGCCUGUGCUUAAUAUAAGCUCAGGGGUACGGGUUAGCGUAGCUUCUAACUGUAAUAUAGGUAGCGAGUUUUACAGCACUAGGGGGUAUGCAUUAAACUGCCCUAAAAAGUUGACCUCCAGGUUACAGAACUGUCCUAAUUCCAGAUAAUUUAAUGUGGCUACAAAAAUAGACUAGGCUUUGGCUUGUUACUGCUUGGCGCUAAAAUAGUUAUGAUCGUUGUACCAAGUACUUGCGGUUGGUACCAACGUAACUUUUCCCCCAGUCUCUGUUCUAACACAGAAUCCAUUUUUUAAGCAUAUUUGACAUGAAACGGCCUCGGGAAGAUGUAAUUGGCUGGAGCUGGAGCUUGGAACUACGUGCCUCUCCCAGUUACAGACUGCGUUAGUUCAGGUAGAGCUGCCUGUCAGCAUGUCUUCAUGUUGAUUCGCUUUCUUUUGGAGGAUCUGGAGGAAGCAAGCAAGCAAGCCUCCAAGUUGGGCAUGUUCCCAGGUACAGUAGGACUCUGUCACUUCUAGCAGGAGUAAGAGCAGGACUGAGAUUCUGGAAACCACCAAAAGCUUCUCAAUGGCAUCUUGUUCAUGUAGAUCACCUAGAGUAAUGUGUGCGCCUGCCUCCAUCUGUCUCCAGACCUUUUUUUUCUGUUUCUUUUCCGUAACCUCAUUACCAUCUGCCUUCCUGAACUGCAGAUGCUCAAGUGUCUGGUUCAGUAUCUCAUUUGGAGUAGAGAAGCAGGUCGGACCAGCUUUCCUUUGAGGGGAGGGGUUGACCCUGACUUGGCAGCGCGGGGUUUGCAUACCAGCUCGUCCUUGUGCGCUCCCUGUAACGUACAGGUUGGAAGCGGUCAGCUCCAAAUUCAGCUGGUGUAACCACUUGUCCCGCAGAUGAGGUUCACUUCACUUCAGGGUGGAUCCAAGACGGUAGUCGUGAAAACAUUCCAAGAGUGCUUAGUCUUUCCUCUUCGAGGACGCUGUCACCUCCACUAGGUUUAGUGCUGUGCUUUAAAAUGUUGGUGAGAAUAGGUAAUGGUUCAUUCAAAUAGUUGGUAUAAAUGGUUGUGUAGCAGAAUGACAGAUUUUGAGAUAGCAUUUCCUGUAAAAGUAAUUAAGCAUGGGGUUGAUGGUGCACUUUGUAUACAGUAAUCUGGCGUGCAUGCUGGUCAAACUACUUCCUACACUUCAGAGGCACCACGAGCCUUUUUAUCCAAUUGCUGGUUAUGUAAAAUACAUGCAGAAUGUUAAUGCAGUGUUGUUAUGGUAAAUGUGUGAACAGUGUUACUAAUUGAUAUAACUGAUAACAGAUUACAUGUGCCUGACAUUCUUAUACCACACAGUAUGUUUAGGUUUUGACUAAUAUGGAAUUCAGUGGAAUAGUCUUAGGUAUUUCAAGCCUUUGUUUUACUUACACGAUGGUGCUCUCUUUGUGUUUCUCCUUUAAAAAAAAAAAAAAUAGCAUCUAAACACUUGUACUACAUAUGACAUCCAAAGGAGUCCAAAACUAACUGCUUCUAAACAUGCUUGAUUCUUUAGUUUGUCUUUAACUCGAAUCCAGCAUUUCUCAUCUAAAGGUUUUUAUUUUCCUUUCACUUGUUGCUGAUUACUUUGAUGGAAAACUUCAGUCAUGUUACCAAUUAUGAAGUGAUUCUGCACUGCCUCUGGGUUGUGUAUGUAUUCAGAAACAGUCUUAAAGCUUUUAUUUAAGCUAAUUAAAAAAAAAAAACCAGGGACUUGUGCCAUUUGUUCUUUAACAGUGCUGUUGUAUAAAGACUUCCCUGUGAAAAAAAUCACUCGCUAUGAACUCUGUUUAUAGCUUUUUUUCCACAAUGGAUCUUUUCUUUGUAUUUGUACAGUGGCUCAGUGGAAGAUGUUGCCAUGAGUUGAUAUUGUAACCAAUAAACAAGUGCUUUUAACCAGA